AUGUACAAAGACCUGGUUGCCCUUGUCCACGAUGGUCAUCUUAUGGGAGAUGCCGAAAAGCGAGCCAAGGGCGAAAAUAGCUAUCGUGGGGAUGUGUGCUUGAAUGUUUCGGAAUUGACAAAUCAGACGAAUUUCACGGAAGUUCGCGAAUAUCGCGGAUAUUGGCCACUUACUUAUGAGGAAAAAGAGCUUGCCCGGAAAAAGCAAUGGAACUGGACGGAUUCGAUUCUUAUCCGAUUUGGUUUUAUCACUCGAGCCUAUAAUGAAUAUGUUGAGCAGCUAUUGAACGUGUUGACAGAAGACCAUUUUCCAGACGUCAUUUGCAUAAACUCGACCUUUUGGGACAUCAGUCGAUGGGAGGAAGUUCGCCCUUCCAAGGACAAGAACGGAUUCAACUAUUACCCGACGUUCCAGCGAAAUAUAGAAAGACUCUGUGAUUUUAUUCGGAGAAAGGAAAUGGAAGCAAUAAACAAAUGCACACUUCUCCAGCCUUGUUUGAAAAUCUGGAGAACUUCCAUGCCAAUCGCUGCAGAAACUAAAGGAGGCGUCCUUGAAGGAAAAGGCGAAAACAACAGCGCGAUGUACAGAGAAGAUAUCGCGCGAUGCAACUUGAAUCUGAUCCCAAUCAUGAACGAGAAAAAGUGGGAUGUAUUAGACGCCAAUUUUUGGUUCAGAAACUGCCAAGAACAGUUCCGAGAGAACGAUGGAAUCCACUGGACUGCCCAUGCUCAUCGCUGGUUGACGAACAUUUUCCUUAGCCACCUCGCCGAAGCAUGGGGUCUCGGAUGGCCAACAUAUCCAAUCAACGACCAUUCGAAGAGCACAGUCGGUGCUAAAAAGUUCAAGGGAGUUCCACUUGAAGGACUCUUCACAUUUGACGAUGAAACACGAAAGAUUAGAGAGACUCGAGGACCUGAUGAUAUUCUCUGUGCUGAGCAAUUGAGGCCACUUAAUUGA